AUGACACAGCCAACGACCAUCGACAUGACAUUCGACACUUCCCUCGUGGAUGUCAAACCACCCACCAUUGACGCAAACACAUCUUUUUCAACUAUAGAAUCAGACCAAGCAAAUACCAUCCAGUCGCGACCCCAGAUGCUAAUCCACCACGUACCCACACAAGACGCAUACAACCAAUGGGCCUCUCAAUACGACUCGGACGGCAACAUGCUACAAGCCAUCGACGACAUCGAACUAGCCACCUUCCUCCCUUCUUUCCUCUCCCAAAUCCCCACUCCCCAUCCCAACCCCCCAAACUUCUCCUCCUCCUCAGAAGAAGAAACCACUCUCCGCAUCCUCGACCUCGGCUGCGGCACCGGCCGCAAUACCCUCAAACUCCUCCGCCACUACGCCCAGAACCCUCAUCCCCAGCCUCGAGCUAAAAUCAUCGGCAUCGACUUCUCUUCCGCCAUGCUCGCCAUAGCUCGUUUGAAACUCUCCUCUUUUUCCUCGGAAACUUGGGAAUUGCACUGUUGCGACAUUUUUUCUUCCUCUUCUUCUUCCUCUUCUCCUUCUUCUUCCUCCUCCCCUAUCCCCACCGCCCCCGCCCCCGUCCAUGCCAUCCUCUCCACCCUAGUCCUCGAACAUAUCCCCCUCCCCACCUUUUUCUCUACCUUGUACUCCCUUCUUCUCCCGUCUGGUGUAGCGCUGAUUACCAAUAUGCACCAUGAAAUGGGGAGGUUGGGUGGACAAGCGGGGUUCGUGAGCGAGACGGGGGUGAAGGUUAGGGGGAGUAGUUUUGUGCAUGAGGUGGAUGAGGUGGUGGAGCAGGCGGGGAAGAGUGGGUUUGAGGUGUUGGGGGUUAGGGAGAGGAAAGUUAGGAGGGGGGAUUUGGAGGGUGGGGUUGUUGGGGGACGGGGGGAGAAGUGGGUUGGAGUUAAGGUUUGGGUGGGGGUUUUGGUUAGAAAGAUUUGA